UUUUGCUUGAAUCUGGGGAUUUGGUUCAAAGUUGAUCCUUAAAGAAGGGAAAAAGCUACAAUGUGUUGUACACUUCUUCUGUGUUAGUGGUUUUAUUUGUUUAUUUAUUUUUCAUGCACCAACCCUAUGAAGUUUAAAGAUGAAGCUCAGAUACACAGAAUAACUUGCCUAAGCCUAAACGAUCGUACAGUAGUAGAAUGGGGUACACAGGAGAGCAAGAAUGAAAAAGUACAGUGCCUGGUGGCAGAGGAAAUUGUCCAUGUAUCAAAGAGUUUCAGCACCUUGCCAAGUUCUGUCAGUAGGAGUCUGUGUAGCAUAUAUAGGAAUAGUUUCUAAGGGUACUAAGCCAAAGAAGAAAACUGUAGGAUUAGACUGGGUCAAAUUCAUCUAUACAUUUGCCUUUACCUGGGUUUUGGGAUUUAAUGUGUUGGCUCAACCACCUGGGGAUGAUGUAAAUAUAGCAAACUGACCACUACACCCAAUGGUGGUAUGGAGUCAAUGGUGGUGUGGAGUCAUUGACUCCUCAAACUUGUGCUGAAACAAGAACCCUUACCCUUCUGUGAAAGCUGUGAAGCAGAUGUUGCCCGUCCUAUCCCACCUCCUGCAGCACCAAGACAGCGAGGUUCUCUCGGACACCUGCUGGGCCCUGUCCUACCUCACUGAUGGCUCCAAUGAGCGCAUCGGCCAAGUGGUCAACACAGGGGUCCUGCCCAGGCUGGUCCAGCUCAUGAGCAGCUCGGAGCUCAGUGUCUUGACCCCCUCCCUCUGCACUGUGGGGAACAUCAUCACGGGAACGGAUCACCAGACCCAGGUGGCCGUCGACGCAGGCAUGCUGCAUGUGUUGCCCCAGCUCCUGAUGCACCCCGAGUCCUCCAUCCAGAAGGAAGCAGCUUGGGCCUUGAGCAACGUGGCUGCAGGGCCUCGCCAGCACAUCCAGCGGCUGAUAGCUUGUGGCAUGCUGCCUCCUUUGGUGGCUCUGCUGAAAAACGGAGAAUUUAAAGUCCAGAAAGAGGCCGUUUGGACCGUGGCUAACUUCACAACUGGAGGCACCAUAGACCAGUUGAUCCAGCUUGUCCACUCUGGCGUCCUGGAGCCACUGGUGAAUCUGCUUACCAUCCAAGACACCAAAAUUGUUAUCAUCAUCCUUGAUGUUAUCUCUUUUAUCCUCCAGGCAGCAGAGAAGCUUUCAGAGAAGGAAAACCUGUGUCUUCUGAUAGAGGAAAUGGGUGGCAUUGAUAAAAUUGAGGCUUUGCAACUUCAUGAGAACCCUCAGGUUGCCCUGACUGCUUUGAACAUUAUCGAGAACCAUUUUUCUGAGGGAGAAGAAAGUGGCACAGUAUUACCAGCCCUGGACCAAGAUCAUGAAUUCUUAAACCGCUUAACAAAGCAAUACCAAGGCCCCACGACUCCUAAACCAAGGAGCAAACCCUAAUGGGUAACUUCUUUAAGAACCUUCUAUGUCUUGGCAUGGCACAGGUGUAAAGCUUUUUAAACUAAAUGUUAAUAAAAUUUUCGACACUUCACCUCCAUCUAUCAAAAAAAA